AUGGGGUGUUUCGAUGAAUUAGCAAAAGCAGUGGCAGACGAUGAGGUGUUCAAGGUUAAAUCACCAGUUAAAUCGAAACAACAGCUAAUGAAACCAUUAUCUCAAGGUCAUAUUGAUUCUUCAUCAUCAUCGACGCAUUUAUCAGACAAUAAUCAAUAUCUAUACAAUCUACCACCAAUUGAUCCCUUGUUGAGCAGCCAAAAGCCAUGGAAAACUGAUGCGAAAUAUUUCAAUAAGUGCAAGAUAUCGUCUCUUGCAUUGAUGAAAAUGUGUGUUCAUGCACAAACUGGAGGUUCAAUUGAGAUUAUGGGGAUGCUAGUAGGGAAGAUCACAAACCAUAGCAUUAUAGUCAUGGAUACUUAUAGAUUACCAGUGGAAGGCACGGAGACACGAGUGAAUGCACAAGGCGAGGCAUAUGAGUAUAUGGUUCAGUAUCUUGAUUUGAAUAAGAAAGCUGGUGGCAAUAGAGGGGAUGGUGGCGGCGGCGGCGAAGGGAAAAGAGAUGAGAAUAUAGUUGGAUGGUAUCAUUCACAUCCAGGCUAUGGAUGCUGGUUGAGUGGGAUAGAUGUGAGUACUCAAGCGUUGAAUCAGAAUUUUCAGGACCCAUACUUGGCCAUUGUUGUUGAUCCUGUGAGAACAUUGAAACUGGGGAAGGUUGAUAUUGGUGUGUUUAGAACAUUACCUGAUGGGUAUAUUGAUAACAAAGCUACGUCCGCAUCCACAGCACCAUCUACGUCUACGUCUACAUCUACCUCCCUAUCUACAUCGGCACGGUUGCAAAAUUUACCCAAAUCGAAAAGAUCGGAGUUUGGGAGUCAUUCAUCAAGGUACUAUUCUUUGGAUGUGGAAAUUUUUGAGGGUCCGCAUGACGCAAAGAUGUUUGAAUUAUUGAAGAACAAAGAUUCCACAGGAUGGAUGAAGAAAUUAUUGGUAGAUACAAAUCAAGAAGUAGGAGCUAUCAAGGAGAAAGAGUUUUGUACGAUUGAUUACUUGGAUAAUUUUCAAAUUAUUGAAGAUGGAAAUAAUCAGGAUGACUUGAUUGUUGAUAUAGUGAAAAGUUUGCAACUGAAACCUAAAUCUAAUAAUAAGAAUGCUCCUAUUUUUACUUUGUCAAAGCAAGCGGCACCAGAUUUUGAGGAUAUCAUGAGUCGGAAAUUGAUGAAUCAAAAUACAAGGCAACAGCAACAACUGAUGACACAAGUUCGAAGAAGAGAAGUUGAAAUUAUGGAAGAGGAUGUUUUAGAUGAAAGUGACUUGGAGAAGGGAGAUCAGGAUGGAAAGAAUGAAUUUUCAGCCGCUUCAGAUCGAGACGAUGUGGAGUCUGAUGAUGAAACGCGUGAGGAGUCCAUGAUGGACAACUCAUUCUGUAGGGGAAGAGGAAGAGAAGGUGGUAAAGAAGAAGAAGAAGAAGAAGAAGAAGAAGAAGAAGAAGAAGAAGGAGGAGGAGGAGGAGGAGGAGAGGAUGAGAAUCUGAUUGAAGAGGAGAGAGAAAAAAAACAAAAAAAUGAUGGAUAUAAUAUGGUUGAACAGGAUUUGAUGAAACGGAGACUCCGUCACAAACUCAUUGAUACAAAAGGUGCUGAUAGUUUUCUAGUCGAUGAUUUAAAAAGAUAUGAUUGUAAACCCGGUCGUGAACUAACACAAGAAACUAAAUUACCCAAGAAAGUGCUAGCAACUAGAGUGCGCACAGAGAGACAGCGAGAACUUCAACAACAACAAAAACUUUAUCGAAAAAUGAAAUCUGCUGGCGGAGUUUUUUCUGAAGGGUUAUUUGUGAGCUCUUCGUCAGGAUUGUAUUUACCAGACCAAGAUUUUGAAGCACAGAAAAGUAUAAGACAAAGAGCGAGAGGUAGUGCUAUGUUUCUUGGCAAUUCUGAGGGAAUACAGGGAGGGUUAAAGAACCAAGGAUACACAGGAAUAGAAGACGGGUACUCUUCAACAUAUGGAGUAUUUUCUUCAGCCUUGGAAUCCAAAGCAAAGAAUGUGAAAAUUUUGACAUCUGUGAAACAGUUGACUGCAAAGAAUGUAUGUGAUUUAAUUAAUAUGGAUGCACAAGACCAGCUAUUUGGUGGAGAGAAUUCGUGCAUGGAGAAGGAAAGGAUCUGA